UGUUCAGUCCUUUUGGGUAAAAUCUCUUUGUAGUUAGGUGUGCUUUGCCCUUACUUCACUAUGGAGCGUAGCCUGUAAUAUUAGGAACCUGUGACAGACAAUCUGGCAAGUGACAAAAAUAAAGCUGAAGAGGUUUUUCUUAUACUCCAGUCCCUGACCUGGUUUUGCAAGACUAUUUUGCAUUUGUGUGAGUUUGUGUGUCACCAGAACUACAGGACAUAAUUCUUCGGUAGAAAAUUCCUUACAAAUUUUGUCCCUUUCAAGACCGUAUACUGCAAUGUUACUGGUAGAACAGCAACUCUUGGACUGUAAACAUUUAAAUCUACAAUGAGGCUAGCAGGUGUUCUGCGUGUUGUGGUAGUGUUUAUCACAGUCGGUGUGACAUGGUUUAUAGCAAGUAACUUUUUAAACAUUGAUUGGAACUUAAAGCUGCUUAAAGGUCGCGAAACCAAAGAUGCUGCUCCAAGAGUAUUAACAUAUAAAUGUGGAACUUCACAACCGUGUCCGAAAAAUCAUUUUGCAUUUAAGAUUGAAAGUGGGGCAGCAAAUGUGGUAGGGCCAAGAAUAUGUUUUGAAGGAAAAAUACUAAUGAGCAGUGUAAAGAACAAUGUUGGGCCCGGCAUCAAUAUUGCACUUUUGGAUGGAGCAACUGGUGAAGAAAUAGAAACUAAUUACUUUAAUAUGUACUCAGGAGAUGUAAAGCCAUUAAUAGACUUUAUGGCCAAAAUAAAACCUGGUACUCUUGUGUUAGCAGCAUCAUACGAUGAUAUUGCCACAAAAAUGAAUCCUGAAGCCAGAAAGUACUUUACUGAAAUGGGAAGCAGCCUUAUCGACACAGUAAAAUUCCGAGAUAAUUGGAUAUUUGCUGGUGCAAAAGGAAUACAGGAAAAAAGCCCAUUUGAACAGUACAUCAAAAAUAACGGCACUGUCAAUAAAUACGAAGGCUGGCCUGAACUUAUCGCAAUGACUGGAUGCAUACCUCAGAAAAUGGAUUAAAUGGAAAAGAAUGCAAUAGCAUUAAAUAUAGACUAUGAGCACUGGCACAUUUGGGGUUUAGAAAGGGAAGAGGUCUCGGUGUAUACCUGAUGUCUGCAACAUGUUAUUGUUCAUUGUUGGUUACUGCUAAUGAGAUGUGAUAGUGAGAAUUUCAAAUAGGGGUAUAGCCAGAAAUUUCAGAUUUGCACACCAAGUUACGAUGUUGUUAUCCUGAAAAAAAAACUACCCCUCUUCAGUAGCAAAUAGUCUAAAUAUGUAAUUAAAGAUAUCAGACAUAUAGUAAAAUAUUUAAACAAGAGCCCACUGAAUAGUUAUUAAUAACAGGCAUACAUUACCAAAGACACAUUUAUUGUAUAUUUAUUGUUUAAUUUAUUAAUUUGCUAACCAGGUAAGCAAUGUCAUCUUUCUUGAAACCUUUUUGGCAAGAGUAAAUACAGUGAUGCAGCUUAGAAAUGGAGCCAAAUGUCAUGUAGUGACAGUUUAGAAACGGGUCCCAAAUCCCACACAGUCAUGCAGCUUAGAACUAGAGGCCAAAUCCCAUGCAGUGAUGCAGCUUAGAACUAGAUCCCAAAUCCCAUGCAGUGAUGCAGCUUAGAAAUGGACCCAAAUCCCAUGCAGUGAUGCAGCUUAGAACUAGAUCCCAAAUCCUAUGUAGUGAUGCAGCUUAGAACUAGAUCCCAAAUCCCAGUGCUACAAAGCAGAAACCUUACCCAGUGAAACACUGUCUUGCCCUUUUCUGUGAUGGCUCAUUAGUAUACUUUUUAUUUCAUUUAUAAAGUUGAAGACUGGAUUUACACUUCCUUAGUGCUCUAAAUGUUUUACCCUUCAAACAGUAAUAUGUACACUUAUUUACAUGGUAUAUGCCUGGCUACACCCCUAAUUUCAAGUAUGAAGUAAUGCUUUCAGCUCAUGAAUUUUUUUUCUGGUUUACAGAAAUCUCUGGGAAAAUAGCAUUUAAAUAAAAUGAUCUUGUCAUUUAAUAAUAUUGCUGAAAUCAGAAAGGUUUGUGGUACUGUAUUUUUUUCUUGUUUUCCUUUAUUUUUCAGCUGUUUCCUGGGUGAUUUCUUGCACCGUGUACCAGUUGUUUUGUUUUUAUUGCAUUUGUCAAGGGCUAAUGUAUACUCUGCCUCAAUAUACAUUUUUAUACGUAUAUUUGAAUUUUGUACUAUUGACCUAUGGAUUAACUAAAGAGGUGACGUAGCUUUUGAAUUUGCUGGUGACGUUGAUUAAGACAAGUCCUACCUCAACUGUGAUUGACUUUAUUUCCAAGUUUUUAAUAUGAAACAGAGAAACCUGUAUUGAAGACAUUCUACACUACAAAAGUUGGUUACCAGGUUAUUGUAAUUACCACUGAAGAGAAUAAAAAUUGUUAACAGGUA